UGGACCUCCUCUUCCACUGCCCGAGUGGGCGAAUCUUCUCCAUCGUCGUUCUUUUUUACGAAUCCUACCAGAACGAAGCCCUCUAUCUCGACCUCCUCCAGCUCAACCCCGGCGAUGGAGGCCCUUCUCCCUUCUUCCUCCUCCUCGAAACGUUCCUGCUCCGGUGACAUCUCGCCGAUCGGCGACACGACGGUCUUACCAAAUUCCGCCACCAUUGACGGUUCCAUGGCGUCGCUCCUUGGGCUUCGAGACCCUUCCGUCUCCAUUGACCUCUCACUCCAGCGCAUCCUCGAUUUGACUGCUCAGGAUUUGGAGAAGGAGAAGCUGAUCGAAAACGCCAUGCGCGUUGCGUCGGCCAUUCAUGAAGCCGCUAUUCGUUCCGCCAGGAGGCGUGCUUCCAUUCACAACGCUGCGUCCUGGCCUCUUCCGUCGGAUCUCACUGUUAAAGUAUUUUCCAUCCUAGAUACACGAAGUCUUUGUCAAGCAGCGGCUGCAUGCUCCAUGUUCAGUAAGUGUGCCGGAGAUCCAUUAUGCUACUGUAAUAUUGACUUGACUGCGAAGGAUCCAAAGAUUAAUAAUACGGUCGUCUCUACUAUGAUACAACGAGCUGGGAAAGCCCUUAAGUCCCUUAAGCUUGGCAUAUGGCCCAAAUCAGUAGCAAAUGAAGAUGUUAUUAGAAGCUCAUCUUAUUCCUCCAGAAAUUCCACGGAAUUAUUAGGUCUUUCAUGGAGUGAAAGAAGGCCUAGGCAGGGAAAGGAACCUUGUAUACUUACUAGAUCUUGCUUGCUUGCUUUAAGUGCUGAUGGUUCUGCUGCAGGGGCACAUUUGAGGAGUUUGCACCUGCACAAUAUCGAUAAAAUGGAUGGCCCUGCAUUUGCUAUUGCAUUAUCAGUUUGCCCUUCUCUCCUUGACUUGAAAGUUGUUGGUUUACAUAUCGAGCUGAGGCAAAUAUUGGAGUUUCUGAGUGCGUACUGUCACUCCAUUGAGCAAUUGUUUGUAGAGUCUCUGGAAACUGGUUGUGAUGAUAGUUUGAAAUCCCAAACUUGUGCUGAUCUUGUAAAUGGAUGUCCUCAAAUAAUUUCAUUGACUUUAAGGGGAUUCAAACUCAAUGAUCACAAAGUUCGUAUCCUGAUCAAAGGGCUUGCAAAUCUCAAGUUAGUUGAUUUUUCAACAUCUUACUCAAUUUCCGGAGUAUUUUUAAGGAACCUUGUCAAUGGCUCAAAUGCUCAUUCACUUGAAGUCUUGAUUCUUCGUGAUUGCCUGCAUCUCAAAGAACUUGAAGUUGCUCGGUUCUUAUCAGCUUUGAUCUCUGGAGAUUGUAAGCUCCUCAGAUAUUUGGAUAUCUCGAAUAAAGAUGGCCUUUCGUCAGAAGAUGACUGGAAUGUUAGGUGCUACAGCCCAAGUAUCCCACCACUAUCACGCAUUUUGGAAGCGAGACCUGACUUGUGCUUGCUCGCAGACUUUCCUCCGGACGAGUGCUGCAUGGAUAUUGAACAAAUCAGUGAUGAAGAAGUAGGCAGUGACUCCGGCUUGCAAUUUGAGAACGAUCAGAUAUUAAAUCCAGACUACUUGGAUUCAUCUGAUAGCAGUUAUAGUAGUAAUCUCGCAAGUGGAAGUGAAGACGCUUAUGAUACCAAUUAUGCAUUCUAUGAUGGGGACAACCUAGAUGAGCUCGAAUUUCAGUUUAACUAUUGAAAUAAGUUUGCAGGGUGAAGAUUGGGGGGCCUCGAACAAGAGAAUUCAUUUCCUCAAGGAAGUCUACUGUGCCGUUCAAUGUUUGUAUAAUUGCAUAAUGUAGAUGGAAUAUUUUAAUUUUCAUAAUGUAAAAAUAUGUUUCGAACCAAUUAAAUCGAGCGAGCAGAGUUUUAAGUGAA